GUUAAAAUGUUGGACGAAUAUGAACUGGUGCUGGUUCUCAUUGGCUUUCUGAUGGCCUUCUUAUUAGCCUUUGGAAUUGGAGCAAAUGAUGUUGCAAACACGUUUGGUACAAGUGUUGGAGCCAAAGUUUUGACGCUGCGGGCGGCAUGUACGCUUGCUUCAAUUUGCGAACUGGCCGGGUCUAUUCUUCUUGGCGGCCACGUAUCGAAAACUAUAAAGGCCGGUAUAGUUGAUAUAAGUCGAUUCAACAACAGUGUGGAUGGUGCAACGCUUCUUAUGCAAGGUCAAGUAUCUUCGCUUGCAGGUGCAUGCAUCUGGAUGCUUAUUGCGACAUUUUUUCGCCUACCUGUGUCCGGAACACAUAGCAUCGUUGGAGCGACGGCGGGAUUCGGUCUGGUUCAGUUUGGGCUGCAAGGCAUCAAAUGGAUGGGCCUUCUGAAAAUAGUCCUUUCCUGGUUUAUCUCUCCUAUCCUCAGUGGUGCCGUGUCAUUUUUUAUCUUCUUCUUCAUCAAGCAGUUCGUUUUAUCAAAGGAAAGGCCACUGGAACCGGCACUGCGGUCCUUGCCGUUCAUCUUUGCCUGUACCAUCAUUGUGAACGUAUUUUCUGUCUUAUUCGGUGGAAUUCCUAGGUAUGUGGAGCUGCUUAAGCAGCGGGAACUUGACGGCUGGAAUGGAACCUCAGACUUUGAUCAGCCAUCGCGGUUCCAGUCUUUCUUUAAAAAUGCAUACAACGGGUUUCUCGACUUCGUACAUUGUCGUGUCUGUCACAAAGGUCAAACAUUGGACACAGAAAGCGGAUUACAUGGAUCGACAUCCGGUGAGUGUUUUAUUUGUUGGAUAAGGUAUUUUGGUUAA